AUGGCAGCCAAGCAGAUUGCCGAGAAGCUCAUUUCGGAGAACGCCAUCGCGAUCUUCAGCAAGUCGUACUGCCCAUUCUGCGUCCGUGCCAAGCAGGUGAUCUCGGGUCAGAACGUGGACCCCAGCAAGAUUGGCACGAUGGAGCUCGACGAGGUGAGCGAGGGCCCGGCCAUCCAGGACUACCUGGCUGAGAAGACGGGUCAGCGCACGGUGCCCAACAUCUUUAUCUCCGGCAAGCACAUCGGUGGCUGCGACGACAUCAUGCGCGCGCAGCAGAGCGGUGAGCUCCAGCAGCUGGUCGGUAAGCUCUAA